UUCAUCCUAGUCAACCGCCGGCCAUUUAGAGUUGACUCUAAAUAGCACAACACCUUUCCCUUUCCUCUUCAGCAGCAUAAAUAUUAUGCUAGGCCUACCGAACAUUCAAGCAAAGAGAUGUUGAUUAACUCUUAAUUUUCUUGCAAUUUCAUAGCAGAAGCAACCUAACGAUGGCUUCCUCAAGCAUUCAAAGAGCCUCUUCAUCUUCAACUUCCAUUCCUCAAUGGAAAUAUGAUGUUUUCUUGAAUUUUAGAGGUGAAGACACUCGGGAGAAUUUCACAGAUCAUCUCUAUACAGCUUUAGUUGAGAGAGGAAUUCACACCUUUAGAGAUGAUGAAGAAAUUGAAAGAGGAAGUAAGAUUACACCAAAACUUUUGAAAUCUAUUGAAGAGUCAAGAUUUUGCAUGGUGGUUUUCUCAAAAAGUUAUGCUCAUUCAACAUGGUGUCUAGAGGAACUUGUCAAGAUCAUUGAGUGUGUGAAAGAAAAUGGGCAAACAAUUAUCCCAAUUUUCUACCAUGUAGAUCCAUCAGAUGUACGAAGACAGAAAGGAAGUUUUGAAGAAGCAUUUGUUAAUCUUGAAAGGCAAAACGAGAAAAAGGCAAAGAGGUGGAGAGCUGCCUUAAGGAAAGCGAGCAAAAUCUCUGGAUGGCAUAUAAAGAAUGGGUAUGAAUCCGUGUUUAUUAAGAAAAUUACCAAUGAUAUUUGUAAACGAUUGAAUUGUAAGAUUCUACAUGUGGGUGAGAACAUAGUUGGAAUGGAUUUUCAUUUGGACAAUCUUAAAUCACUUAUAAACAUUACGUUGAAUGAAGUUCGCAUGAUUGGGAUCUAUGGAAUUGGUGGAAUUGGUAAGACUACCAUUGCCAAAGUUGUUUGUAAUAGUAUCUCAUAUCAAUUUGAUGGUAGUAGCUUUCUUGAAGAUGUCAGAAAAACUGGAAAUUAUUGUGGUGUACUUCAAUUACAACAAAGACUUCUUCAAGAUAUCCUAAGAGGAAGAGAUAUGAAAUUACAUAAUAUUGAUGAAGGAAUCAAUGUGAUAAAGGACAGACUGCGGUCAAAAAGGGUUCUAGUUGUUGUUGAUGAUGUGGAUAAUUUAUGCCAAUUAGAAUACAUAGUUGGAAAGCAUGAUUGGUUUUGUCCAGGGAGUAGAAUCAUCAUAACAACUAGAGAUAAACAUUUGCUAGAUGUUCAUGGAGUGGAUGAAACAUAUGAAGUUAAAGAGUUAAAUUAUGAAGAAUCUAUUGAGCUUUUUAGGCGGUAUGCCUUUAAGCAAAGUCUUCCUAAAGAUGAUUACAAGAAUCUCUUGAAUCGUGCUAUAGAUUAUGCUAAAGGGCUUCCAUUAGCACUUAAAGUUUUAGGUAUCUUUCUUUUUAGCAAGACAAUACCUGAAUGGGAAAGCUCAUUAUGCAAACUAGAAAGAAAACUUCAUAUGGAUAUCCAGAGUGUCCUUAAAAUAAGUUUUGAUGGACUAGAUGAUGUGGAGAAGGAAAUAUUUCUUGAUAUAGCAUGUUUUUUUAAGGGGAAAGACAAAGAUUUUGUUUCAAGAAUUUUAGAUGGCUGCAAUUUCUAUGUGGAGAGUGGAAUUAGAGUUCUUGUUGAUAAGUGUCUCUUAACUGUUUCAAACAAUAAAUUGGAUAUGCAUGAUUUGUUACAACAUAUGGGUUGGGAAAUUGUUCGAGGCCAAUGCUUGAAAGAACCUGGAAGAAGGAGCAGACUAUGGGAAGGUGAGGAUAUCUAUCACGUGUUGACAAGAAAUACAGGGACAAAAGAAAUUGAAGGGAUUAUCCUAGACAUGUCUACAUCGAAACAAAUACAAUUCAGUACCAAGGCUUUCAAAAGGAUGAAGAGACUUAGAUUGCUCAAAGUCCAUCAAGAUGCUCAAUAUGACUCUAUGGUGAAAUAUUGCAAAGAUGUGCACGUUCCUAAAGGGCACCUUCCUGAAGACUUUACAUUUCCUUCUUAUGAUUUAAGAUAUCUCCAUUGGGAUGGAUACCCACUGAAAUCCUUGCCAUUAUGUUUUCAUGUGGAGAACCUAGUUGAACUCAGCUUGCAAAGUAGCCGCAUAGAGAAACUUUGGGAUAAGAAGGUAUGAUUACUAAUUUGGCUAUAUUUAAA